AUGGCUGCCGUGUGGUGUGUCUUGAAGGUAUACUUUCGGCAAUCGUUUCUGGAGUGGUGCGAGGAUGAAGUCAUCAACGCUGACCUGCGGUCGGGAUGUGCCGCUACCGAGCAUCUGAUGGGAUUGAGAUCGCUCCGCAUAUCGAUUCUGUUCUCGGACUCAGCCUGCAGUAGCAGCUCCGAGUCGUCCAACUGCGAAAGUUCAUCGAACUAUCUCGUCGAGCCGGUUGAGAUCAUGACCGGGAUAUUUCUUGGCAAUGCUUCCCACAGCGAAGAUCUUAAAUCGUUGAAAAAGUACAAUAUUGAGCCAAACGUAUUCGAACGUGAUGGGCAUAUAAAGUGUCUCCAGAUACCAAUCACUGACCAUUGUUUACAGGACCUGGUAGGACACUUCUCCAAUGCAAUAGAAUGUAUCAACAAGGCCCGUUCAAAGGGUGUUGGAGUUCUUGUUCACUGCCUAGCGGGAGUCUCUCGGUCGGUGACAAUUACUUCGUCCAUCGGUGGUUCUUUUCCUUCUUACAGUGGAUUGAGAAACUACUCGAAGAUGCCAACCGACCUGAAUCCAUUAGAACGCUUUCCGGUACCCGCCCGUCGCAUUAACGACAUCAAUGAUGAUGACGAUGACGAUGCUGCUGACGACAUGAAACAAUACGAAGUACCUCCACUUACGGGGCCACCAUUGCCGGUUCGCUUCGCAAGUUGA